AAAGUACAUGCUUGUCUAUGGGAUAAAAAUGAUGUUUCAUUAAAAAUUAUGAGCAUGGGCAAUUAACGUCAAGCAACACUAAAUUUUAAACGUCAAAAAAUCAAAAAAGCCGCAAAGGCUAUUGUAGUUUAUUUAGUUUUUAGUGUUAUUUGUUUAAUUAUUAUUAACAUAAACUCCUAAAGAGUGCUCCAACCAUAAUUUAAUCUAGUCUUAGUUGUAUGUACGGUAUUUUAGCUCGCAAUUCCAAAGCAAUGACCAUGUUAUUGUGCCAUAAAACUGUUGAUUGACGAUCCUUUGUUUGCAACUCUCCUAUUUCUGCGGCCGUGGACCAAUGAUUAAGUGUUUUGUGGACUAGAAUACCAUUAUUGCGCACUGUUUUUACUUAUACAGUUUCGGAAGCAGGUAUUUCGAGGUUUAAUCACGCUAAAAUCGUCGACCAUAGAUUGUGGUUCGUUGUAAUAUUUCGUAACACUUCGCCUUGUGUUUUCGACGAGAAACAUGGCUGUAUUGCUCAAUUUCGGCCGUGGAAGCUUUUCAAACAGCCUGAAACAGGGAUUUGGUGGUAAACACAUAAGAUUCCAAUAAGAAUUAUAAGGAUGUCAGCAAUAGAUACCAAACAAGUGUGGCCCAAUAUUUCGAGGGAUAACCUUGACGAGAAGUACGAGAAAUGUCGAAAUAUCACCGAGGAAAUAUACAAGAGAAUUAACAUAACAUUUCAAAUCAAAAAGCUGGAAACGGGGACUCAAAGUGAUGAUUCGGACCAAAGUGACGUAAUCGACAGCAACGAACUAAGCAACGAGACUGACUUGUUCGCCUGCGACAAGAGCAGCAUAUCCAGCAGCUCGGAGCUGGAGGCCGAGCCGCCGGCGAGGGCUGUCAACAUCAACAACAACGAGGAGAAAAAGAAAGCGGCUGUCUCCCGCCGGCCGAGGAAGAGAUUCCGUAAGCGAGUGAAGAAGCGGCCCGCGGCCGCCCCUGACUCGGACGCGUCCAGCGACUCCGCGGCGCCGCUCAGCCGCAUGCUCGGGGAGCGGGUGGUGCCCAACAUUGUGAUCAUCACUAAAGACGCAAAGCCGCGUAUCAAGACGCCGGAGCGCAAGCCGUGGAGCACCAAAGACAAGGUCGAGGGCAGAGACAAGACAGACAACGCCAUAGACAAGGAGAGGAGCGAGCUGAGAGCGUGCAGCAAGUGUAGCUUGUACUUCAGGGGCGAAAGAGGAUUAAGGCGCCACAUGAACAUGACUCACAUCACUCCAGAUGACCCCCGAAAGCGUGAAAGAGACAACAGUCCGGCUUAAGGUACUCACCAACGGCCAACGAGCGCUGUCUCACUCUAACACAUACGUACUACAG